GUCUCACAUUCGUCUAAUCCACAAACUUAUCCCUUGGGCAAAUGAUUGGACUCUACGCGGUUUUCGCUCAAAUUGACCUCACAGACAACAUUCUCACUGUCCUCCUGAUCUUAAUCAAAUUGUCUCUAGAAAUAAAUACCAUGUGUGUCACACUGAACUUCAAUGCAAGGUGAGAAACCAUCCCAGCAACCUUUGAGUUGUCCUUCAGUUCCAGCCACAGACUCAUUUUUCACAUUUACUCAAAGCAGUCCCCACCAAAACUCAAUCUUUUUAUCAGAUGAACUUUCUUGAAUGACUAGUCAUAUGCAGUAAAGACAACUUACAAUGCAGAAAUCCAUUCAGCUGGAUCGGCCAGAAAGCCCCCGAAAUGAUUCUGAUGGUACCAACCACGUUCACAACCAACGCAUAGUUGAAACUGAAACAGCUGACGACUUCAAGAAGAAAGAACAAUCAUGGUUUGCGACUUGUCAGAUUCCAACUGAUCUCACAAUUCAAGUCGAAGAUGUCACCUUCCACGUUCACAAGUAUCCACUGGUUUCAAGGUGUGGCUACCUAAGAACAAUUAAGCUUCCGCGGCCAAAUUCACAUUUAGGUUAUGACCUCAAGCUUGAAAAGUUUCCAGGCGGAUCUGAAACUUUUGAGAUCAUAUUGAAAUUCUGUUAUGGCCUACCUAUAAGCCUGAACCCUGACAAUGUCGCAGCAGCAAGAUGUGCCUCUGAAUUUCUAGAUAUGACAGAAGCAAUGGAAGAUGGAAACUUAAUUGCUAAGACAGAAGCCUUCUUCACAUUUGUAGUCCUCUCAUCAUGGAACGACACCAUCACUGUCCUUAGAUCAUGUGAGAUUCUAUCACCAUGGGCAGAAAACCUUCAGUUGGUUAGAAGAUGUUGCGACUCAAUCAUUUUGAAGAUUUCCAGAGGAAAUUCAGCUGAGGAGAAGCUGACUGAAGAGAACUGGUGGUUCAAAGAUGUUACUACUCUCCAUAUUAACCAUUUCUUACGGAUAAUCACAGCACUGAGGGCAAAAGAAAUGAAGCCUGAAAUCAUUGGCUCAUGUAUAAUACGCUACGGGGAAAAAUGGUUGCCAAGCACGGACACGAAAACAGAAGAAAUGGGAAAAUAUGGUAACAGAAUAAAUGAUUUUCAUGUCAUGAGUGGGAGGAAGCAAGAAACGAACAUUGGACAGAAUAAGGAGCGUAGGACAAUCAUAGAGAGUCUUGUUAGUAUACUGCCUCCUCAAAAGGAAGCUGUUCCUUGCAAGUUCCUCCUGUGGAUGUUAAAGAAGGCUAUUGUGUAUGCACCAUCACCAGUCCUAGUUUUUGAGCUCGAGAAAAGAAUCAGCAUGGUGCUGGAAAAUGCCACCGCGAAUGACCUUCUGAUCCCUACUAAUUCAGUAGGCGAACAAACAAUAGAUUCAACUGAAAAACAGACCAUGCACAAUUUAGAAGCUGUACAAAGGAUUUUGGAUUAUUUCUUGAUAUACGAAAAACAACAGCUACAGCAACAAGGAUUGAAGUCUACAGCAUCGAAUAUCAGUAAACUGGUUGACAGCUACCUAGCAGAAAUUGCAAGUGAUCCCAAUGUCUCCAUCGACAAGUUCCAAAUUUUAGCUGAAUCUUUGCCACGAGAAGCUCGAGCAAGUCACGAUGGCCUCUAUCGAGCCAUUGAUACAUACCUCAAGACUCAUCCCUCACUGUCAGAGCAUGACCGCCGAAGGCUGUGCAAGAUUAUGGACUGUGGGAAGUUGUCACUUGACGCAUGCGCACAUGCAGCACAAAAUGACAGGUUGCCUCUAAGAAUUGUUAUCCAGGUUUUGUUCUCAGAGCAAGUGAAGAUGAAGGCUGCAAUACAAGGGAAAGAUCAUAUACCAAGUGAUGACGAGUCAGACAAGGAAAGUAGUCAGUCACCUUCCAAGAAGGAGGUCAAGUCCCUUAAAGAAGAACUUGAAAAAAUAAAGAUACAAAUGGAAGAGCUUCAGAGGGACUACUCGGAACUGCAACACGAUUAUGAAAAAGUAAGCAACAAAAAUACAAAAACAAGCUGGACAUUUGGGUGGAGGAAGAUGAAAAAAUCUGCUCUUUCCGAUGGAAAAUUGGAUAGUGAAGUAACUGAAGAAGGCCAUAAUAGAUCAAAUGUAGGCUGCAAAGCAUGCUCUCGUCGAAGGCAGUCUAUAUCCUAAGAUCCUAAAGUUGUGCUUCUUAUCAGAUCAGACAGAGUGUCAAAUUACAAAUUGUUCAUCUAAUUUAAUGAACUCAUCAUCUGCCAUCUUGUUUGUAAGUAACUAUGUAAUAAUGUUAUCACUAAUGGACAUGGUUGCAUCACCUGCAUAAUUCAGAAACACAGUCAUUUAUCUAA